AUGGGAAAUAAUUUUUGUUAUACAAAGAGUGGUAUGUAAUCUACAAUUUCACAAUUAUUAUGUGAAUAGAAAUUUAAUGGAUGUUAAGUGUUAUUAACAGCAGGAAACAUAGAGAAUGAAUCAGUAGAUUGUAUAGUAUUGCCAACAGAUCAAAAAUUUUCGAAUGUUCCUUAAAAUGAUAAGCCAACAUUUAUACCAAGUAAUGGAAAUUGUAUUUUUGUGGGAUCGACAAAAAGUAAAUAAAAAUAAAAUAGUAUAGAAAACAAAAAAAAUUAUAUUUUGGCUGUUGUUUAAGAGAAUAAUGAGAUGAGUUUUUAAGACUAAUAGGAUGAAGAAAGACAAUUAAUUUAUGAAACAAUAUAAAAUAGUUUGAAAAUGGUAUAAAUAAUUAAGAUUUAGGCCAAUGCAAGAUAAAUGAGAUCGAUAGCUUUUCCAGUAUUUUAAUCGAAAGAUCAUACUACAUCAGCAACAAUAAUGAUAAUGGCUAUAAAAUUAUUUAUAUCUGAAUAGAAAUCUGAUACAGUAACUAGAAUUUGUAUAACAUUGAAUGUAAGAAUAUGAUCUUUAUAGAUGUACUUCCUUUUAGUAAAUAGAAUAGGUGUCAAGUUUUAAAUGGGUAUUUUAGUAAGUAUUUGAAUAACAUAAUUAAGGAAAAUCCUAAUCUUAUUCAAGUACAAUAAAUCCUACAUUUAUGGAGGAAUAUAAAUCAAUUAGAUUAAUUUAAUAAUAGGUUAUUAAAGAAGGUACUCCUUGA